AGGGGAGGGGGAGGUGCGGAGGAAGGAGACGUUUGGUUAGAGCAGGGCUCCUCGAAGUUGACUUUGCCUCUGGACCACUGCACGGAGUCCACAUUCCACUCGGUUAACUUUUCUGUAAAUUAGAGAAAUAUAGGGGUGAAAAGGCUUUGUUUUCUUUCAUUUCUCUUUCUCCGCCCUUGAUUGACACAUUGGAAUGCUGACAUAAUUUUGGGCAAGAGCAGAAGUGAAUACAUGGUAGGAGGAGGCAACAGUUAACCUUGGCUGAAGUUAAUGAUGCUUCCAUCGCAAAAGGAGGGGAAGAGAAUGAAAAUGCAGCUCUUGGCGUUGGUGGCCUGCUUGGUCCUUGGGACGUGGCAUUCUGAGGGAUCUAGUAUAAAGCCCACAUCUGUGGAUCCCGAAGUCUACAUGAAUGUGAGUGAAAUCAUCAGUCACUGGGGAUACCCGGCCGAGGAGCACUACGUGGAGACAGAAGAUGGGUACAUUCUGUGCCUUCACCACAUCCCUCAUGGCAGGAAGAACCGCUCUGACAAAGGUCCAAGACCGGUUGUCUAUCUGCAGCAUGGCUUGCUGGCAGAUUCUAGUAACUGGGUCACAAACCUUGCCGAUAGCAGUCUGGGCUUCAUUCUGGCUGACGCUGGCUUUGACGUGUGGAUGGGGAACAGCCGGGGAAACACCUGGUCUCGGAAACACAAGACUCUUUCAGUGACUCAGGAUGAAUUCUGGGCUUUCAGAGUUCCUUGUUUGGAUUCCAGUUUUGACGAGAUGGCAAAAUAUGACCUACCAGCUUCAAUUAACUUCAUUCUGAAUAAAACUGGCCAAGAACAACUGUAUUAUGUGGGUCAUUCUCAAGGCACCACAAUAGGAUUUAUAGCAUUUUCACAGAACCCUGAGGUGGCCAAAAGGAUUAAAAUGUUUUUUGCCCUGGCUCCUGUGGCUUCAGUUGAUUUCUGUACUAGCCCUCUAGCCAAAUUGGGACAAUUUCCAGAUCUUCUCCUUAAGGACUUAUUUGGAAAUAAAGACUUUCUUCCCGAGAGUGAAAUGCUGAAGUGGCUGAGUGUCCACAUUUGCACCCACGUCAUUUUGAAGGAGCUCUGUGCAAAUACUUUCUUUAUUCUGUGUGGAUUUAAUGAGAGAAAUUUGAAUAUGUCCAGAGUGGAUGUCUAUGGAUCACACUGUCCUGCCGGAACCUCUGUGCAAAACAUGUUGCACUGGAGCCAGGCUGUUAAAUUACAAAAGUUUCAGGCCUUUGACUGGGGAAGCAGUGCCAAGAACUAUCUUCAUUAUAACCAGAGUCACCCUCCCGCGUACAUCGUGAAAGACAUGCACGUGCCCACCGCAGUCUGGAGUGGAGGUCGGGACUGGCUGGCAGACGUCAAGGACAUUAGCAUCUUACUGACUCAGAUCACCAAUCUGGUGUACCACAAGCACUUGCCUGAAUGGGAACAUCUUGACUUUAUCUGGGGCUUGGAUGCCCCAUGGCGGAUGUAUAAUGAAAUUGUCAAUCUAAUGAGGAAGUACCAGUGAAAGCCAGAAAUGUAUGAUCUAGUCGGCGAUGGUGUGUGAAACUGUACCAUCCAGUUGGUGAAAAUGUGUGAUUUCUGUAAAAUACCUGUCUUGCUUUCUCAGGGUGAUCAUGAAUAUAGACUGUAUUUUUAUAUACAAGAAAUUUAUGACUAUGAAGAUGCCUAAUUUUCUCAUUAGAAUUAGAGACCAUCGCCCCUACCCAGAUAUUAUUAGUUUAGCUGUGUCUGAAUGUGAAGCUAGUGUUUCAGCCAUUGUGUUUGUCUCUUUAAAGGCAUGGUGAGUGUCACAGUAUCACCAACUUGUGUGAAGGUGGUCGUAACCAUUCUGUUUAUCCUUAUGACCAAAGUCCAUGAUGUUGCCUUUUAACUCCCACACAGGAACACACAUGUUAGAAUUGUUACCCUGUGAUGUUUUUCGGUAAAAUCAUCUGGCACUGGGUUGAGCUCGGUGUAGAAAGUUCCCAGUCCUCAUCCCCUGCCCUUAACAGACUCUCUUGUCUCAUGGUCUUGUAGGAGAGAUCCAAGUGACACUUUUUCAUGUAUUCAUGCAAUAGAUGCACAAACUCAGUAAUAAUCCAGCUAUGCCAAUAAUAAAUGAAUCUAUCAUGAAUUUUAUCAAACCUAAAUUUUAAAAAACUGUUUAAACUUCUCAGGCUAAGUGAAAUAAUUUGUGGGUGUCCUCCAAAAUGAAUUGGACCAGUUAAAAAAAAAACCAAUGUUUUAAAUAUCUUGAAGAUUGACACUGAGUUGUCUAGAUGAACUCUAAAUUGGGUGACAUGUCCUGGUUCUACAUGUCUGAGAGAAGAGCCCUGUGAAGAGACUGUACCACUGUUUUCCUGGAAAUUAAGGUACUCUGGGAACCAGCUGCUAUAGAUGAUGUCUGUAUGAGCCCAGAGCUCUGUGGCUGCCCAGGAGAAGUGUCCUAGUUCACUUUCAUGCCAGUGAGAUGUGGACAUGUUUUCAGGUUAAAGCUCAGCUCAGGAAUUCAUUUUGCCUGUUCAGUUCUGUGUGAUCAUAUGCCUGUAUUUUUAGCACAACUAUGUUGCAUCCCUGUGUAUGGAGGUCAUUCACCUGCUUGGCUUGUGGCAUUGUUUCCUUAGAAAACCUUCAGGUAGACAAAACAAUGUUUGAUGUAUUUUUAUGAUACAGUGUAUUAAGCUGCAAUAACACUAUUUGGUAUUAGCUAACAUAUGCAAGAAGAAUACUAGUACUUUGUAACAUUAUUAAAGCAUCUUAUUUAAUCUUUUCAAUAAAACACAGACUCAUAA